AUGAGCUCUUUUACGGGAAAAUUCCGGGAGUAUCCUGCAAUCUCUGCAGACAAUUUUGAGAAAGAGAAUCUUGAUAGUGUGGCAUUUUUUCUUUCUCAUUGUCACAAAGGUAUAAAACUUAUUCGUCUUUACUAAAAUAAAUGCACCGGUAAAGAUUUCCGCACAUUUUACAGUUUGCGUGCUGCAUCAUUAGUAACCUUAAAUGGGGGCCAGUACGGAAAUCUUUACCCUUGGGGCACAGAUUGAGUGAAACAAACAAAACAAACAAACAGAAAUUGACAAACCUCGUGAGGAGACGUUAUUGUCUACUACUUUAAUUUGUUUCUUUUGUUUUGCAUAAUCUGUGUUCUUACGUAAAGUAUUUUUUGCUCGCAUGUCCUUAUCUUCAGUGCGAUUGGUCACUACGCAUCAACAUUCCCGAAAAUUCUCAGAUGUUCAUGGUUUUCUGAGUUUGACAGUAAGAUCUCACCAAACAUGACAUUUAUGUGGUUCUGUAUUAACUUUGGAAAGAAGGGGAAAAGAGGAGAGGUGAAAUUAUUGCAAAGUUGUUUCUUGUUUGUAUUUCACUUAGAUCAUAUGUCUGGAUUGGAUUCUUCAGCUUUCCAUGACAGACUGAUGACAAGGUAAGAGAAAUCUUGGCGGAUGGUGAUUUUAAAUCUGCAAGGUGUAGAUAUUAGAUUUGAAAAUAAUGCAAUGCAGUUUGUUGUUUUGGAUAACUAGUAACUUUUGAUUAAAGCAUUUUCCACUUUCCUGUGGAAGAAAAUUAAAUAUGUUCCGAUAUCUUGCAUCUUUAACAAGUCAUUGGAUUUGUGCUCAGGCCAAAAAUAUUUGCUUUCUUUGUUCACCGUUAGGUAACUUACAUACUGAAGGUCCUCUAGGAUCAUAACCCAUCAACAUUUUAAAGUAAAUUAAAGUAAAUUAAAUUUUCAAGUAACUUCUUAAACUGUAAAUGACAAAGUACUUUAUUUUAAUGUUAAAUGUUCUUUUUCUCUCACCAGCAAAACUGUGUUUGUUUAUUGUUCUGAAACAACCCAAAAUCUGUUAAUGUGCAACCCAGCAUACAGUCACCUGAAGGAUUAUAUUGUUAGUAAAAUAAUAUUUCAUCAUCCUUUCUUUCCCAUGGAAUGAGCAUUUUAAUAGGCGUGAAUAAUCAGGAGUCAUGUCACGUCAUGUCAUAAUUGCAGUGACUGGAUAAAAGUUAGUCAAAUGGCCGUCAGAUUCCAUUUCCAUCAUUGACAGACAAUUUAGGCAGCCUGCUGUUUGUUUGGUUGUUUGGCAAACUUUGUUUCUUGCAUAGUAAACUUGUUUGUUUGGAGUAAGUCAUUUGUAAUGACCAGACUGUCCUGUAUACAGCACAUGUAUAUACAUGUAGCAUUGUUUAUAGCGGAAAGUGCACUUAGCUUACCCCAGCUAGUUUACAGGCACACCACUCAAAUAAUUCUCAAAUAAAUAAUCCAAAUAAAGCAUGAAAGUUGACUGAGGGUUUGAACUCAUGAUGAUGGAGAACAAAUCCAGCAAGUGGCAGAGCAGGACACGAACCCAGGACUGCCGGAUUGUGGGUCCUACAUGCUGACCACUCAGCCAGUCUCUGCCUCCUUGUUUUAUACUAUUGGCUGAAAGAUAACAAAAUAUCAUCUUUUUUUCUCUAAAUGUAGCGCAGUAUACCUUUGGAGCAACAGACCAUUAUUCCACUCUUUGAUGAGAAGACAGACGAGGUGUGUUAAAACUUCUGGUCAUUUUUUAAUUCUGUUAUGUAUUAGAAUGUUUGAUUUUUUUGUGUUUGAUUAUAAUUUCCACAGCAAAAUUCAAUUUGUGUAACACUCCUCCCUGCUGGUCAUUGUGUUGGUUCCGUCAUGUAAGUAUUCUAUAACAGUAUUUAUGUGUGACUGUAAAUGUAACUCAGGGAAGGUUAAACAUAAGCAUUAAGGUAAUGCUGGCCAGCAGUCUCCUUUGCUAUUUGUAUAUGGGGUGGUCAUAGGGCGUCACAAGGGCCAUGUUCCCAUUUGAGUCAAAUCAUUUUCCUCAUGUUGCCCCUCCCCAGAAGUUAGUAAAGCACCCCGCCCCAAGCCUUCCCCUCCCUCUGUCACUGUAAAAGUGCCUGAUGGUUGACACUCAUUCUGUUGUUAUGGUUAUGGCCUUCUUGCGUCUCCUUUAACUUGUUUGGGCAUCUUAUCCACAUCCAUCUAUUGGUGAUUUGUCUCAAAGAACAUUGUAAUAAAUUCAAACUUUGGUUAUCUGGACAAUGAUACCUAUAAUAGGUAAUUACCCUUGAUAAAGUUAUGUGGCCAUGGAAAUUUUGCCGAAAAGCAGCGCAUGUGUUAAAAGUGACGAACUAAGUUUAACUGAAUUAUGAUUGGCUUAGAGCUGUUUCCUUGCUAACUGCAUAGUGCCUGACAUGAAUCUCUAAUGUAUUAAAACGAGAUGCUACUAGUGAGUUAAAUUGCAUGUUGAGGAGGUACUGUUUAACUUUAUUGUCUGGAUUUUUGUUUGAUUAUGAUGUCCAUAGGUUCUUAUUUGAAGGCCAACAUGGGAGCGUCCUUUACACAGGUAGGGGAGGUUGAGAAAAAGAGUCUGCAGUUAUCUCUCUCUAGGACAGAUACCAUUGUUUGGACGAUACUAGCUUUCCAUCUAAGAAAGAUUUCCGCCUUAUAGAGAGUCGAUUGCAACGGCUGAAGAACUACUCGAAAUUGCGGUCGUUUCGCCUGAAGGGGUCCGCAAGGACUUCAGACGAUUCGCUCGAAGAUAUGCAACACCCUUCAACAUGGUGAACCUUGGAUUUCACAUGUGCAGUCCCUGUCUUUCCAUGCUUAAUAUUUUUUUCUCAGGCUUAAAGAACAACAAAUGCAAGUCGGGCGAAUCGACUUAGUCUGGGCAAACUGCCAUCGGGCAAAACGACCUGAUACCACUACUGGGAUUAAUACUCCAUGUCCCCUUUAGGGAGUUGUCCGCAUAAAGGCAGAUAGAGACACCUGUAGGGACAUAGAAAAACGACUUUUGAACGGCAGGGAGCUACCGUUCUCGAGUUGUCCAUUCGAUGUCUGUUAGAAGAGAGUUAGUUGACUGACGCAUGGAGGGGAGAAGCAUUAAGCUAACGGGAUCAACUUCUUACGAACCGCGAAAAACAAACAAACAGCAUUAUCAGUUAUUGUGAUGGAGGCAAAUAAAUGGUAGUUAGAUAGAUAGGAAAUGUUGAAAGAGUCCUUGGAAAAAUUAGACAAAGACGUCAUGAAUUUACUCACGUUCUCAGUAAAGUUUGUACAGCCUUCUAUCGAGUUUGUGUCGAAUAAUCAAGGCUAUAAACAGAAAAAAAAAUCAACAAACUCGCACCAGAACAAACGAAAAGAAGGCAACAUUUGUAUCGUUGGGUGUGAGUUAUUCUACAGGUUAUGACCUCAGGAAGAAGACGAGUUACUCAGCUCAUAUUCCUUUGCUUGGUUAUUAACAGGUGACUUUCGUUUAGCAAAAGGUGAUGUGAAGAGGAUAUCCUUUUUUCAUGUUAAUGGCAGGUUUGUUCGUUACCUAAACCCCUUUUUUUCCACUGAGAUAUGAAGCUGUGUAAUACACCACGUUAUUCCAAAUGUUCAUUGGUUUGGGACACAAGCACAGCGUAGUGGAUUUUGCUAUCGGGCUAGUGAAUUCUGUUCUUAACGUGCCCGACGGGCAAGUGAAGUAUUUUGAGGAAUUUAACUUACAUAAAAACUAUGAAAUCAAUUCUGCUCAUUAAAAAAUUUGGGGGGCUAGUUGAAGUGACGUUUGGGCUAGUAAAUGCUAGCUUGAGCUUGCCCGAAUGGCAAGCUGUAAAAUGACUUUCUUUGCACCCUGCAAGUAUGUCAAGUAUUUAUUCAAACGAAAAUCAUUUCUAAUUUUAUCGUAUUAAAUUUAACUGCGGAUUGGAAAAAGGCUUUGGCUCAGGUUAUCUUGAUGGUCGCAAAGUAGUUGAUUUGAAAGUCAAAAACUUGCCUUUUAGUUUGGAGUUUCAGCCAUGCACAGCAGCGUGCCCGAUAGCCCGGGGCUAGUGGAUUUUGCUUUCGGGCUAGUGAAUUCUGUUCUUAACUUGCCCGACGGGCAAGUGAAUUUUUUGGGGAAAUUCAAAUUACAGAAGGAUGGUAAUCAAUCCUGCUAAUCAAAAAGGGUUUUGGGGCUAGUUGACUUGACUUGUGGGCUAGUACAUGCUAGCUACAGCUUGCACGAAUGGCAGGCUGUAAAACUGACUUUCUUUGCACCCUGCACAGAAUUGAAUCCGACGUGAAUGACCGUUCGAGUGGUGACAUAUUACCCUAAUUUUUGCCCCCUCGGUUAUUUCACAAAAUAUGUUUCGGGAUGAUAAAAAUGUUAUUGUAGAACAUUGUUUUUCUUAUAAACAUGCCUGAAACAAUUUAUUGAACUUUGAUGUUUACUUUCGAUUUCAGCAUAAAGGAUAUCAAGAGCAUCUACAUUGACACAACAUUUUGCCUGCCAAAGAUGAAGUCACUUCCCAGUCGGGUUUGUAUGUGUGUUUGCUUUAUCACACACAUUUAACUGAACGGGGCUUUGAAAUUCCUAAGCUGAUCACAGGUGACAAUUUAUAAAGUUUAUUUUCUUUUUUUGUGUGUCUCUAGGAACAAAGCCGAGAUGCUAUCAUUGAACUGAUAGAUAGGUGAGUGAGCUGGCACUGUUUACAGACAUUUCGCUACUAACCAAAUCGCCACCAAGAACGGACGACUCGCUACCAGCGAAUGACUGAAAUGAUUGACACAGUUAAAUACCUAGAAUUGCGUUGCAGUUUCUCAGAAACAUGAUCAAGAAAGGGUUAAGAAAAAAUUUAUGUUCUUGAAAGAGUUGUGUAUACUUGGGACUUUUUGAAACAGUACAGCUAAGUUCUAUUCUUGGUGACGAGGUGACGGCGACCAUAUCGCAGGCACUGAGCGUUUAGUUCUCCAUCUUGUAGGGUCCUGAAUACAGUUAUUUCGGAAAGGAUAUUUAACUUUUGAGCCAGGGAAUAAAGUAAACGGCGCCUAAACUUUACUUGCCGAAUUUAAGCAGAGUUAAGACCAUGAUUGUUUUGGCUCAAACCUAUAUUUAUUUGUAUUUUUAAUCAUGACUUUCAAAUCAAGCCAAAAAGAACAUUGCCCACCUCUGAUUUUAAUAAGUUGAACCUCGCUCGAUUUCAAAUUUAAGUUCAACACUUUAUAUCUUAUUUACGCGAGAAAAAUUUAGGUGCGUGUACACGCACGUAAAAAUUACGCGACAGUGGAAAUCCACCCUUAGGAAUAAAAAUAUUUUGGUUGUUGAAAAAAUAUGUAUACAGAAUUGGUGCACAUUUUGUACUUCAUACUAAAGAGCAUGCACCGAAAAAGAGGAUUAUUUCGGUCCCUUCCUUACUACUAUGCUACUGUACACGACUAGUACCAAGUGAAGUAGCUAUUUAUGUAAUUUCCAGAUUGGUGGUAGAUUGAGGUGCUCAAGGGGACAUGGGAUGGGACAUGACGUCACUGAUUUUCCCCGCAUCCCUUCCGAUGUGUUCCCGGACGAUUCUCCCGCACAAAAAAUCAAAGUCUUUUCGGUACAAACUCAAGCAGUGAAAUUGAAGUAAACUGCACAAAAAAUACGAUUACUUCAAGAAUAGUUUGCGCGUGAACAAGAAAACCAUUUUGGGUGAAUAUUAUGCGUUCUUUAAGCUUAGCGCAUGGAACUAUCUACACCUCGACCGAAUAAACUUGUAUCGAAGCGACAGAGUACAAGUCUGGCUCUGUACCUGGGGAGUUUGUCAAAUAUACCUGUAAACCUCUUUAUAGGUGGUUUUCACGUGGUCCACAACAUGUCGUGAGCUUACUUUGCAAAGGAAUGUACGGAUAUGAGUAUCUACUCAAAGAGAUAGCCAUGAAGUAUAAAAUGAAGGUUAGUUUCUUACAGAGCUUCUAGCUUCUUUAAGUCCCACUUGUUGCUUGGCUAGUAUGGAAAAAAAAUUACGAACACAGACACUUUUUUGCUUGAAGGUGUCAACGGCGUCCUUAAGGCAAAUUGGCCGCCUGUAAGGGAUUCUUAAGCUGAUUCGUCGAGGGCUCGUUCUUUGUCAGCGCAAAUUGAUUAAGCGUGUUCUCGCCACAGGAACUGGAGCCGAAAUGCGUCCCGCAAGGGUUUCUGGGAUCGUUACGGGUGACGCACCGGUCAGCUAUCGGCCAAUUUUUUUCUCUGGCCCUCUUGACAGUCCCAGGAGUCUUUGCAGGAGUCAACUCGGUCCAGUUUCCUUUAGACUGUUAGCAGACUCCUUCUGGUUGUCCCAAUGGUUACCGAAGUAGCGCGCGUAACAUAUCCGCGAGAGGCGAAUGAGGUGACGCGGGUAAUACACACCUCGUGGUUUUGCGGAUGUGCUCGCUGGGAUAACAACUUGACGGAUUUCUAUUAUCGCUAGAUCCAUGUAAGUGCUGAAAGACUGGCCAUGUACAGGUAUCUUCCAGACAUGACACCUUACUUCACCACUGAAGGCCGAUCCACUAGGAUUCACGCCUGCAGUUGGAAGGUUGGCAGUUUCUGUUAAUAGUUAUACACAUGUUUAUCAGUAUGUCAUGAAAGUUAGGUUCUGGUCACGUUCACACGUAACGUGCGAUCAUGCUCUCGCUACAUGUCAUCUCUGUGUGUUUUUCGUGUAAGGCAAAAAUAUUUAUGGCAUUUUAUUGUGUAGCGAGGAAAAGGCCAGUUAAGCGUGAGAAAUCAAAACGGCGAACAGCUUUGAGGUUUGCUCGCUUUCCAAGAAAUGAAUUGUUAUUGGUCAGUACACAUGUCAAAUCAAAGUGUUGACGUUUUUUUUCCCUUCCCCCUACCCCGAGAUAUCUCUUGGGAGGGCACCUCUCCUGGGUCCAAGUGUCCCGUUCGGGCUUCUCCCUUUUUCUUUUCGUUGUUUCUUUUACAUCACUUUUUUGUAUCAUGUAUGUGUAUUUCAUUUAGUUUAAUCAUGCCCAAUAGCGUAUGGAAUAACACAUGUUGCGUAAUUUAAUUUUUGUAGUCUAAGCGACACUGUGAAUCAGAUCUCCCCUGUGGAGUAACAACACAGCCUUCCCUCAAGAUGAAAGUGCUACGAAUAAAGCCAACAACUAUGUGGAUUGCACGUGACAAAGGACCGAUGCCAGCUGACUUCAGAAGGUGAAAUUGAAAAUAGUACGCAGAGCAUUGCAAACUUGACCCAGUUUCCCGUGCAACCUACAAUUGGCCAAGGAAGUUAGCGAUGGCUUACGCUUGCAAAUUUAGAAUUGCCAGUAAUCAGGGACCUUAAGAUACACCGCUCGCGUCAGCCUGUGGGUACCAAUAUGGGAACAUGUUUCCUAAGUAUUUAUAUUAAAAGCGGAGAAUGUUUACCCAUUAAAUGUAGUAUUUGGAUGAUCACUUUACCUGGUGUUGUCGUUUCUUCUGGGAAACAAGUAAUCUACCUUUAUUUACGGCUAUCGGUACGGGUCAGAAUUUUAGUUACCCGUACGUAUAUGUCGUGGUUCAAUUUUAUCCUUGGUUCAAAUUUUAUUUUCCUUUGUUUUGGGGUGUGGUAAUGUAUGCUAAUGAGUCUAAAACGAAGGAAAAUAAAAUUUAAACCAAGGAUAAAAUUGAACCACAACAUAUACACUUAAACUGUCUUUAAUACCCUCCACCCUGCUGCAACUUCUAUGUUUGAAGAGUAAUUGCUUUGUCCUUACAGAUAUGACGAGGGCAAAAGACUGUGGAGGGUAGUUCAUUCGAUGCAUGCUUCAAUGGAAGAGGUAUACAUGCGCUUUUGUACCUGCCUAUUUUUUUUCUCCGUCCUUUGUUUUAUCAGAACUAAUAAACAUGAACCAACAUGGGCAAACAAAUGUUUUCGUAUCAUGCAAUAGAUCUCUUGCGCGAUAUUUCUCAGCACCUGAAAGACCUCAUUUUCCUUUUCCAAAGAAAGAAAACGUUAUCAUGUUGCUGUAAGAUCAAUACACGAAAGUAACCUGAAUAGAAAUUUCGUUAUUAACUAGAACUUAAUUAUGCUGUUAGUUCUUCUCCCCUUGUCUCUCUCUCUUUUUUGAUUUUACUAAACGAAUUGUAUUAGGGGCUAACUCGAAAACCUCACUGUUCCUUUAGCCUCUAGGCUCCAAAUAAUUAAUUACUAUUCCCUGUUAUCCCAUUGUAAAUUUGUAAUGUAUAUAACAUUUUUCUUGUAAUAAUUCCAAGUGUGUAUUUUUCCCAGAUCCAGGAUCUAGUAGGUUAUCUUAAACCCUACCAUGUUUAUCCCAAUGUACCACCAGCGGGACUGGAAACAUUGGAGGACGCCUUUGAAAGGUACAGUACCCUGGCAAAUGACCUGGGUUAAAAGCCUUAGCAAUUCCUGGGGGAACAAGCCAAACUUGCCUUUUUUAAAUGUAUCGCUUGAGGGUGUCUCUUGAUGUAAAGUAAUUAUUUUACUUUUUGAAGUUAAGACAGUAUCAGGUUAAGUUCUCUUGUGGUCGAAGGCAAUUAACGUGAAACCUUAUACCAUUUUAAUUCUGUGGAAUCCGUACGGAAGAAAAUCUUCUUAUUCAAAUCAGAUACGACAGAAAGUCUUGGUAUUUCCAUAUUUUACGUCGGUAGUUCGAAAAGUCAUCUGACUAACAAACCUGAGGCCAAUGAUUCGCACAAAAACAUGUUCAUCGUGUGACAAGGGAUGAGAAGAAAGAACAAUCUGCGUCUCAAAUAGCAAUCAAACUUAACCCACUAUACUAGGUGUCGCUCUGGCGAUGAACUGCAGAGGGACCGGCGGCUAGUGGAGCAAUUUAUUAGGUGUUUCAUGCGUUCUGCUAGGAUUAGGGAAUGCAAAAGCGACCGUGGAGUUUCUCCGCACUUUUUCUUUUUCCCUUUUUGCUUUCCCAUAUACUAAAAAACAGCUAACAUAGCCUCAAACGUCAACCAGAUUUGUAGAUUCAUGCAAGAGCGCCAUUUUUUGAUAUUCAACAGACUCAAGGGACUCACUCGCCUUCAUCAGUGCGACUCUUGCAACCGAGAUGAAUCAGGCGAAGAACGCUUUCAUGAACAAGCUGCUUGUCACGACGCCGAGGAAAAGAAAAAACGCGAAAAGACAGAAGGGCCAAUAAAACUGUUGCACGUCACUAAACAAGUCCCUGACGAGAGAGGUAAGUGAUUUUCCAAAUGAGAAAACUGGCGAGAAAACGAGGAAUGUCUCUGGGGAUUUUGAGAUCUUCGAUCUUCUGAUUCGAAUUGAGGUUUAGAACCCGAGGAUAGCAAAGAAGGACUCAAGAACUCCAACUAACCUCGUUCCCAGGGGACCAAAAGACUUAAAACCUCAGAAACGAGAUUGGACUUAAACUUCCGGUCCUGUAUGCCAAGACUUUCUGUCGUGUCGGAUUCUUUGGUACAGAUUCCACAGAAUCCGGUAACAUUUUUUAAUGGUAUAAAGUUUCACGUUAGUUGCGUUCGACCAAAAGAGAACGCAACCUGAUACUGUCUUAACUUCAAUGUUGAAUAUCGAUGCCAGGUGGCCUCCCCCAAAAAACAUUUGCAGAGGCAGCUUUGAUCAUGUGCCACUAUCACCUUGGAACGAAUUUUUAAACGAGUCGAUGCACACUUAUCUUUAGCUGGGGAUAGAGUCAGUGUCGUUUUGCGAACGUUUACUGGCCGUAACGUCCCAGGUUAAGUUUUAGGUAUCCCUACAGUGUUGAUUUCUGUUACGUUGUUUAGAAAAUUUGGGGAUGCUAGAGGAAAUAGCCAUAAUAUUCAGAUAGUUAAUAUUUCUAUUCCAUCAACACCAAGUAGAAUGCAUUUCGUAAUCUAAGGUUCUUCCCAAUCCUGAACCAAAGAUGAGGACAAACAACUGUUUACAGCUGCCAUUGGGCUGUGCUCUUUCGUGCGGUAUAUAGUUAAGUAGUGGGUACCCUGUGCCACAUUUUUUUGGUAAUAGUAUUUUCCUAUGAAGAAUAAACAUAAUCAUAAUCAUACAAAUAUCCUUUCUUUUCAAUUUACAGUUCUUGAACAGUGCAAAGAACUUGGAAUUGACGAGGAUGAGAACAUUGCACCAGUUCGAAAAAGACGUAAAGCCAAAGCAACCAACGUAAUUUUAGAGGAGAAGGCAUCCACACAGUUACGACAAACAACAGAGUCUGUAUGCAGUAGAGAUUGUACAGAAUUGCCAGGUGUUUGCAGCAGUAUGCCGGUGAGGUCAACGAAUAAUCUGGCUAUGAUGAAGGGUGAUCAAAUUGACAGCAGCAAGCUCCGGGACGGUGUGACUGAAAAAAGUCCUAUUUUUCGUGACACGACUCCGGGAUACCUUGAGUCAAGCAACACGUGUGACUCAGUGCCACUCCCUCUGUUGCGUGACAACUCCCAAGAACGUCGUGACAACGAUGGGGAUAGCCAAGAACAACGUACACAGUUGGAUGAGGCAGCAUUAAACAAGUCUAAAACUGUGAUGACGGAAGAUGAUCAGGUCAAUAUCAGCCAAGAUAUUACUAGUGAAGAAUGGAAAUUUGCUGCCCAGUCAAAAGCUAAGGCACCUGACUCAGAAAGCUUCAGGAACGAGGUUGAACGCGCUAUGGAAGGAAGGAAUGGUGGUCUCUCUGAAAAUAAUGAUGAUAAUUCUAAUGAUCUAAAUGCAAGUCAGCCAAGAACAGAACUUUGUAGAAAGUCUAAUCCAGACAGCGUUGAUGAAAUACCAAAACAGACAAUAAGUGUCUUACCGAACAGUUUUAUUAUUGACAAAAAUACCGCAGCAAAGGAAUUCGUUCCGCCAGGUGCAGGUUCGGAGAAACCUUACAUCCGUGGAGGGAUAGGUGGGGAGUUAAUUGGAAGUUUGAUGAUUGAUUUUGAUGUGCCUCCCUCCCCCGGGCAUGUUCCGCCACGCCCUGAUAGGCUAUUUUCGAUUCAUAAGUCGAUACACAAUGAUGAAGCUCAGUCCAUCACUAAAUCAUUGAAAUUUUGAAAAUUAUGAACUUUAUUUAGCGUACGACACGUCAGAAACAGCAAUAGGACAAUGAAUGAUUAUCGCGAGGAAAGCAUGUCAAGAAAUCGAGGUUUAUUAACCCUUUCAAUAGGCUGUUCACAGUCCCCUAUUUUUCCGUAAGAUCAUCGAGAUCGAGCACUUUGCGUCCCGGGCGCCCAUCUUGGAUGAGUGUCAAAUCUACUUAGGAGAUACUUAGGGAUGUGUGAACAGUCUACCCACUCAAGCGCCUACCACGCUACCCAGUUUGAAUUUCUUUCGGCUUUGAUUAUAUAAAAGAUGCUGGCGAUGAAUCAUGAUACAGGUAACAUAUAUUUGAGAAAGUUUGAGAUAUUUAUUGAAUUACGUUAUUGUAUUUAUUGCAAAAUGAUUGAAUAUUUAAUGUCUCGAAUUAGUGAACAUUUUUGGAAAUUCGAAGUUAUACUUAGCAAAAAGAGCAAUUAAAGAGAGAGCGAAAGUGGCAGUUUGAUUACUUGUUUAAUGCAGCAUUUUUAUUAUAUUAGUAUUAGGCAUUUUUAAAGCUGACGAAUUUUGUACCGUGGAUAAAUAAAGAUUAUCUAUCUAUCUAUCUAGCACAAUUAGAAUCAGUGACCAUCACAGGCAUUUGAAACCGCUGCAGGACAUUCAGCUAUACACAAGCAAGUAGCCUGCGUAGCGAGCGUUUCCGUGCGGUUUCGUAGCAAAGAACGAGGAACGAGAGUCAAAGAGCACGCGAAAAAAUGGGGCGAGUAAAAGAGCGGGAAGGGGGCCUUCCUUCCUCUCCACCUCCUCCCUUUCAUUUUUUGGCUGUCGUUCCAUUCUUCGUGCAGCCAAAACUGAAAAUCCUGUUCCAUGUCGUUGCUUGUUCUUUCUUUUCUGCGAAACCACACGGAAACGCUUGCUACGUUGGCUAACAAGACAGUAACAGCUUGUAUAAUCCUCAGUGAAAACCUUGCAGAAAUCAGAGGCAACACCGGUGGAAGAAAGAAAACAAUGUAGAAAGAGACAGAGCAGAGAGCAAUUAUAGCUGGAAAACAGAAAAGGGUUUCACUAGCAGGCUUUUGCACUAAAGCAACCUCUACUCUACAACCUCGUCCCAGGCUCCUCCUUUGCCCAAAUUUAGCAUGCGCAGUGCCUCAUGGGAAGGACAACAGCACAGUCUGGUCUGCGGAUAAGGCAUUUUCACGAUAACGUCAUUCGGCUACAAGUAGGGGCGAAUUUCGCUAGGUGGGAAAUCUAAAAAAAGACGAGCUCACACGCAACAGGGAUACUUGUGUGAAAGGAUCGACCAUUUACAGCCUGGUCCUAAGGUCCUUUGGCGUUCUCUACUUGCCCCGUUGACGCACGAAGUCUGGGAAGGACGUACAACAGAGUGGCCGAGUUUCGCUGUGACGUCACAUUUACAGUGGGGCCCAGGUUUGACGGAGCCCCGAAACCCAAGGAACUGGGCUGGAUCGUUUAGACGCAGAACUGCCUUGUUUUCGCUGCAAAAGGGCAGGAAAAAUACAAUUUUCGAUUGCAGCCGGAAUAGAGAUUUAGAUUGGUUUUCAAUAAACACUAGUUUGGUGAAGCUGUCUUCCGUACCCGACUGCUGGUCUAGAGGAACGUUGACUCUAAUUUAUAACAUUCAGGACACUGUGCCAGUUUUAUGUGCAUAAUUACACUUCUCUCUAACAACAAGAGCCCAUUGUCCCGCAAUGCAAAUUUCUGCUCGCAAAGGCACUUAAACAAGCACAUCAACCGACAGAUUUCGAAAGAUAUAUCUAUUUCCGUUCCCAUGGAAAAUGCCCGUCACGACAAAACGAAUGUCGCAAAAAAUUUACGUCGUCGAACAAAUGCGAACUACAGUUUCGAACUAUAACUUCGACAGACUUGAAUUACUUACACUGAACAGUGUUUCAAAUGAAGGCGUCUAACCACAACAAAUGCAAAGUCAGGAAUUUAGCUGAAAAGGUUAAGUCUCUUAAUUGUAUUAAAUAUGAGGCGCCAGAUCAGAAAGGUGCUGAUAUGUUGUUCAAGUACAAUUUGCACCAUUUUUCUUGUUUUGUUCUAUAUCAUGCGCUUACAGACCUCUCAUUGGAGUUUAAAAUCAUCAUGGAAUUUCAACGAGACACGUGUAUCAGUAAAGGUGGAAAGAGUUCCUUUGUUUUUAUGGAAGACAUACGAACGUAAAACAGCGCUUGUUACAAACAGAACUUGCGAUCAAUAUUACCAUCUCCUUGUUCUUGUCAGUUCCGCGCCAGCUCAUUUGGAUCGAAGAGAAAACAUACGAAAAACAUGGGCUUUCGAUGAGCUCAAUCAACGUCGUUGGAAAACCGUGUUCAUUGUGGGACAAACUAAACUAAAAGCCCUGUCGCAGUUAUUGCUGAAGGAGGAAAAAGACUUCGAGGACCUAGUGCGUGGAGAUUACAAUGAUCACUACGAUAAUUUAACGUUUAAGAUACAAACAGGGUUCGAAUGGGCAGUCAACUACUGCGAAUUUUCUUUUCUUUUAAAAGUGGACGACGAUUGUUUUGUUAACCCCUUGCGACUGGUGGCGUAUUUCAAUAGGCCUACAACGCCCAGCAAAGGCCUCUACACAGGCAACCUUAUGCACAAACUGAAACCUUUGAGACAUGAGGGGGGGAAAUGGUCUGUUACAUACGAACAAUACGAGGAUUAUUACUACCCUGAUUUUUGCUCAGGAUUUGGGUUUGUUUUAUCUCACGACGUAGUAACUCUGUUCGUCGAGGUUCUAGACCUGAUACCAGUCUUCAGAAUAGACGAUGUUUACGUGGGUCUACUUGCAAAAGAAACUGGGAUAAUUGCCACGCAUUCAACAGGUUUCGAACCGAGCGUUUCGAGUCCUAAUGAAUUAUGCAUUCCCUUGCCUAGCGCACUCGUGAGGCACGGCACGCUUGGAGAAUGUCUGGAAGAGAUUUUUAAUCGUUCCAUUACAAAAACUGAGAAAGUAUGA